GCAAGGGAGAACAGUGGAACACCGCACACGUUGUUUUGAAGUUUAAGCUUUGCACUCAAAAAACAUUAACACAACUUCGAAGUUGUAUCUCAUCUCUUCUCCACGCUCUUCUCGCACAUUCUUUCGCUUUUCCCUCUUAAUCUUAUGACCUCGUUUUCACACCAGCUAUCCAUUAAGCACAGUAAGUGUUGAAGAAAGACAAUAAUUUCAAUGUACUUGAGGAGAAUACAGUGCAGAGAUAGGACAUGGGCUUUGGUGUUGCAGCCAUCAAAAUACUUCUUUAGGCCAAGAUUCUAUGAUCAUCCAUACUUUCAAUCUUUGUCCCCUAAGAUCACUGUGAAAGAAUAUUCUUCACAUGGCAGGAUCAUCAGAAAACAUCUUUUAGGUUCUGAUUCAUGUAGGCAUACUUCAUCUAGAAAUAGUUUCACUGGUCUGGAUAAAAGGCCUAGUUUAUGUCUUAAUGGUACUCAGUUACGUUCCUAUAGUUCUGAAGGUGAUGGAAGAAAUGCAAGUGAGGAUAAUCAUGUACAUGUUAGUGAUGGAGCUAACUUUGAUAAAGGAGAGAAUCAAAAAGAGAAGUUUGGGAAAGAUAUCGAGCACUGCAAUGCACAUACACGACUUGGAGAACAGGAACAAGAGGAAUGGCUUAAUAAUGAGAAGCUUUCUAUAGAAAGUAAAAAGAGAGAAUCACCAUUUUUGACAAGAAGGGAUAAGUUUAAAAAUGAGUUUAUGAGAAGAAUUAUUCCUUGGGAGAAAAUAAACAUUUCCUGGGAGACAUUUCCUUACCAUAUUAAUGAGCAUUCAAAAAAUCUUCUGGUGGAAUGUGCUGCUUCCCAUUUGAGACAAAAUAAGUUUGCUUCAUCUUUUGGCACUCACCUCCCAUCAUCAAGUGGGAGAAUAUUGCUUCAGAGCAUUCCUGGGACUGAGCUGUAUCGGGAGAGAUUGGUUAGAGCUCUUGCACAAGAUUUACAAGUUCCUCUGUUAGUGCUUGAUAACAGCAUUCUUGCGGCUUAUGAUAUUGACGAUGAUUUAUCAUCAGAUUAUGAUUCUGAUGAAGAUAAUGCAGAGUCUGGGGAGGAGGGUUCUCUGGAAUCGGAGAAUGAGGUUGAUAAUGAUGCUAGCAAUGAAGAAGAGUGGGCUAGCAGUACUGAGGCGAAGUCAGAUGCAAGUGAUAAUGAAGAUGCAAUAGCAUCUGCUGAAGCUCACCUUAAGAAGGUUAAAGCAGCUGUUCUUCGGAAACUUGUCCCUUACAAUGUUGAAGAAUUUGAAAAGAUAGUGUCUGGAGAAUCCGAGAGUUCUGAGUCAUCCAAGUCGAAUGAUGCCGAAUCUUCUGAUAAAUGUGAAUGCCAGCUAAAAAAAGGUGACCGUGUGAAGUACAUUGGGCCAUCUGUUCAAGUUACAGAUGAGGAUAGGAUCAUACUGGGGAAGAUACUGACAUCUGAUGGUCCAACUAGUGCAUAUACUAUUAUACAUGGCAGGCCAUUAGCUAAAGGUCAGAGAGGAGAGGUAUAUGAGGUUAAUGGAGAUCGAGUUGCUGUGAUCUUGGAUAUUAAUGAAGAUAAGGUCAAGGAGGGCGAAGCGGAAAACCUAAAUGAUGAUCGUACAAAACCUCCAAUUUAUUGGAUACAUGUUAAGGACAUUGAGAAUGAUCUUGAUGCUCAAUCACAGGAUUGCUACAUAGCAGUGGAGGCCUUAUGUGAGGUUUUGCAUUGCAAACAACCUCUUAUUGUCUAUUUUCCAGACAGUUCACAAUGGUUACAUAAAUCAGUUCCCAAGUCAAACCGAAAUGAGUUUUUUCGUAAGGUUGAGGAGAUGUUUGACCGGUUGUCUGGCCCUAUAGUAUUGAUUUGUGGGCAAAACAAAGUUCAGUCAGGAUCAAAGGAGAAAGAACAAUUCACAAUGAUACUUCCAAAUUUUGGACGUGUCGCUAAGCUGCCUCUUUCUCUGAAGCGUUGGACUGAGGGAAUAAAAGGGGACAAAACAUCAGAUGAUGAUGAAAUUAACAAGCUCUUCUCCAAUGUUUUGAGUAUACAUCCACCGAAGGAUGAGAAUCUGCUGGUAACAUUCAAGAAACAACUUGAGGAAGAUAAGAAAAUUGUGACAUCACGUAGUAAUUUGAAUGUAUUACGGAAGGUUCUUGAAGAACAUCAGUUAUCAUGCAUGGACCUUUUGCAUGUAAAUACUGAUGGCAUCAUUUUGACGAAGCAUAAAGCUGAAAAAGUGAUUGGCUGGGCAAAAAAUCAUUAUUUGUCGUCAUGCUUGCUUCCAUCUGUUAAAGGAGAAAGAUUGUGCCUACCUCGUGAAAGUCUUGAAAUUGCAGUCUCAAGAUUGAAGAGCCAGGAAACUAUCUCACGGAAGCCUUCUCAAAGCCUCAAGAACCUUGCAAAGGAUGAGUUUGAGAGCAAUUUCAUUUCAGCUGUAGUACCUCCUGGUGAAAUUGGGGUGAAGUUUGAUGACAUAGGUGCUCUUGAAGACGUGAAAAAGGCACUUAAUGAACUCGUUAUUCUUCCAAUGAGAAGGCCAGAUCUUUUCUCUCAUGGAAAUCUGUUGCGGCCCUGUAAGGGAAUAUUACUUUUUGGUCCUCCUGGCACUGGGAAAACCCUUUUGGCUAAGGCACUUGCGACUGAAGCUGGUGCAAAUUUUAUUAGCAUAACUGGUUCGACCCUUACUUCAAAGUGGUUUGGAGAUGCUGAAAAACUAACCAAAGCACUCUUUUCGUUUGCCAGCAAGCUUGCUCCUGUCAUUAUUUUUGUUGAUGAAGUUGACAGUUUGCUUGGUGCUCGAGGUGGUGCUUUCGAGCAUGAGGCCACUAGAAGAAUGAGGAAUGAGUUCAUGGCAGCUUGGGAUGGAUUAAGGUCAAAAGAAAAUCAAAGAAUCCUUAUUCUUGGUGCCACUAACAGGCCAUUUGACCUUGAUGAUGCUGUUAUUCGUCGCUUACCAAGAAGGAUAUAUGUUGAUUUACCAGAUGCUGAAAAUCGAAUGAAGAUUUUAAGAAUCUUUCUUGCACAAGAAAAUUUGGAUUCAAAUUUUCAGUUUGACAAACUAGCUAACUUGACUGAUGGAUACUCUGGCAGUGAUUUGAAGAACCUCUGUAUUGCUGCGGCAUAUAGACCUGUUCAAGAACUCUUAGAGGAAGAAAAGAAGGGAGCCAGUGAGGGUACAACUUCAGUACUAAGGCCUCUUAAUGUGGAUGAUUUUAUUCAGGCAAAAUCCAAGGUGGGUCCAUCAGUUGCGUAUGAUGCAACAAGCAUGAAUGAGUUGAGGAAGUGGAACGAAAUGUACGGAGAAGGCGGUAGUAGGACAAAAUCACCUUUUGGAUUUGGGACUUGACCUCAUCACUAACCAAUGCAAUGCUUCUUUGAUUUGAUAGAUAGAUAGAUAAACAAAAGACUUUGAGCUUAUUACUUCUCACUGCCCUCUGCAUUUCGGUAGCAGUGCUUUCCCAAAUUUAUUUAUACGAAUUGGUUGUUAGGAGGAUGUUUCGUGCUGAUACAAGAGUAAUUCAGUUUAAUGUAUUGUAAUGAAAUGUAGGUAGCCUCUAAUUUUGUCUAGGGAAUGUGCUAUCUUAUGCUUAACAGUAGGGGUAAUUUCCCCAAUUAUAUAUAUAUUUUUUUCAGCUAUGUUUAAUAAUUAAAUUUCAUCA